AUGGCUCCUCCUCAGAAGACACAAAAGGCCCUGAUUGUCACCGAGCUUGGGAAGCCAGUGACACUGGUCAAUGACUGGCCUGUCCCCCAGCCCGGCCCGGGCCAGGUGCAGAUCAAGGUCAUCGUGGCCGGCAUCAACCCUCACGAUCACAAGGCGCGAGACGACGGCCUCUUCGUCAAAGACGCCCUCCCCGCCGUCUUGGCCAACGACGUCGUCGGGGAAGUCACGGCGCUCGGGCAAGGAGGCGCCACCAAAUACUCGCCGGGCGACCACGUCUUCUACCAGGCGGGGUUUGCGCCCCCGAUCGUCCAGACCGGACUCCAGCAAUACGCCGUCGUGGACGUGGACCACAGCGCAAAGGUGCCCGACGGUAUGAGCGACGACGAGGCCGCCACCAUCCCCGUCAACAUCCUGGCUCCGUUGGUGGCCCUCUUCGACUCGUCGCACGGCCUGGGCCUUCCCGCACCCUGGACGCCCGAAGCGUCGACCUUUGACCACAGAGGAACGACGCUCUUGAUCAUCGGUGGAGGCAGCAACUGUGGCAAGUUCGGCGUCCAGCUCGCCGCGCUGGCGGGCGUCGGUCGCGUCGUCGUCGUCGGCGGCGACGAGGCGGUGCUGAAGUCGUACGGCGCGACCCAUUUCGUCAAUCGCCACGGCUCGCCGGACGAGGUGACGGCCAGGAUCCGCGACGUCGUGGGCGACGAGUUGAUCUACGCCUACGACGCGAUCAAUCCACCUUCGACGCAGAGCAUCGGCGUCAACUCGUUGUCGAACACGAAAAAGGGCAAGUUAGCCCGCCUCCUGCCCCUGGGCCCCGUCGAUGAGACCCAGGUCAAGCCUAAGAAGGCCGGUUGGGAGCUGAUCAACGUCUUCGGCGCCAGUCACUUCAGGCCGGACCUGUGCAAGCCGUUCUGGGAGCACUUGCCCCGUUACUUGGUCGAGAAGAAGAUCAGGCCGACCGAGUUUACCAUCCUCAAAGGCUUGAGCGCGGACAAGGUCAAUGAGGUGCUGGACGCGUAUCGCGAUGCCAAGAGGGUCACCAAGACACAUGUACAUGUCCAGGAGUAG